AUUUGCUAAGGGUUGGCCUGCAUCACGAGCAUAGAGGUGCUAUCGAGGGAGUUCGGCAUCUGCCCCUCGUGCUUCUACUGCUGCAGAUUGGACCUCUUGUUUUUAUAAGAACUGGAUAAGAGGUGCCUCUUAUGAGUCACAAUCUAGUGAAUUCCUGGCUGUUACUAUGCUUUGAUGUCAGCACAACUUUGGGCCCCAACAUUCUGACUACUCCCCUUCGAUCAUUUUCCAACUUUUGCUGUUCUUUUAUAUUACACUCUACCCAAGCAUGAGAACUCAUCAUCUCCGAUCUUUUCUGGCCAUUCUCUGAAACACCGCGAACCUACUGUGAAUAAACAAUGGACGGCGAAUCCACACAAGUAGCUACCCAGCAGAUGGUGGAUCCUCGCCGAGUUGGGGAGGAGAGCUCUGAACUGAACCCAUCAGAGCAGGCGGACAUCAUCUGUACCCUCAUCGGAGGCUCGACAGCAGCCUUUACAGCGAUCCAGAUUACAGCAUCUGAACGGCGGCAACAUGUGCUGCUCAAAAGUGAUUCAAUAUCUGAGGGGAAACUGUUACCAGCAGACGCUAAUGAGCAUGAAACACUCAUUUUAGAUCGAGAUGGCACUCCUAACGCAGAUGCCUUGGCUUUGAGAUUUUCUUCUAAGACCAUCAAUCCUCUACUUGGAUUUGUUUUUGGGAGGAACUCCGGUCAGAGCGAUAUUAUCCUAGGACUGGACAGUCUCAACCGCACGAGCAACAAACAUUUUCGGAUCUAUCUGACUGAAGAUGGAGUCCUGAUGCUGGAGGAUAUAUCUACGAACGGUACUAUGGUAGAUGAGACCGUCCUCCGCGGGAAGCUCUACCCACGGGAAGAUAAAUCUCGAAUGCUUUCCCAUGGCUCUGUCAUCAAAAUCCUUUCGCCGAAACCUGAAGAUGAGAUCCGAUUCAUGGUUCGGUUUCCUCCCCUAUCAAGCGGCGCCGUCAAUGAAGAGUAUCACAGAAACCUCAACGCGUACCUUGAGAAACUCAGAGAACUCGAACUGGAACAACAUGGAAAGGGAAAGGAAGACAUCUUCGGCCAUGGCGAGGGAAAGCGACUAGAACCUGUUGAGACCCGACUAGCUACACGCCCUUCCAUUGCCGGAGCCCCGAACACAUUCGGCAUGGUAUGGGAUGGAGGUGCGGAAUACAAUGUCAUCGGAGUCCUUGGCAAAGGUGCAUUCGCAACUGUAUACCGGCUGGCAAACAAACGAGAUGGAAGCCUCCGUGCGGUCAAAGAGCUUGAAAAGAAACGGGUCAUCAAAAACGGGCAACUUGAUCAACGGCUCGACAACGAGAUGCAAAUCAUGAAGGAAUUGAACCACCCGAACAUCGUGCAAUAUGUCGACUACCUCGAUUUCGACAAACAUCUCUAUAUCAUCAUGGAGUAUGUGCCGUUCGGGGAUCUCCAAGGAUACCUUCAGAUGAAACGCUAUCUGAAGGAGCCGCUGGCGAAGCAGAUGUCCCGUCAAAUUCUCAAGGCGUUGAAACAUCUGCACCAGAAGAUGAUCACUCACCGGGAUAUCAAACCGGACAACAUUCUCAUCUCUUCGUACGAUCCGUUCACUGUCAAGUUGACCGACUUUGGACUGUCGAAGGUGGUUAAAAACGACGAGACGUUCCUGAAGACGUUUUGCGGAACCCUCCUUUAUUGCGCGCCGGAAGUGUUCCCGCACUACGAUGCCCAUGUCAUUGGCCAGGGACAGAAACGAACCCGCCACGGCCCGACGCCAUCGAAAUACCAUUCUUACAGCCAGUCCGUUGAUAUCUGGUCCUAUGGAGCGGUGCUGUGGACGUCUCUUUGCAAGCGGCCUCCGUUUGAGGGCGUCAUGGACGCCAACGGUGAUGCGAUGCUUAAGAGGAUCAUGGAGACGCGAUUAGACACAGGUCCUCUCGAGGCCCUUAAAAUAUCCGAUGAAGCUAUCGAACUUCUGGAGAUGAUGCUUGAUACCGAUCCCGCAAGUCGACCAACGGAAGUCGAGUGCCUCCGACAUCCCUGGCUGUACGAUCCAAAUGAUCCCGUGGAAGAAGAAGAAGCCGGCCUUGGUGCCAUUGAAGAAGUGGAUGAGUCGCAUGAAGCUCUGUCCCAAGCCCAGGAAGAUAUGUCUCAGCUGAGCAUUAAGCGUGAAUUUGGAGUCGAUAGGGAUAGAAAUGGCAUCGCAGGAGCCGGUGCAAGAGUGGUUGAGGAAGACUUUGCUGUGCCUCAUUCGAAGAGAGUUCGCAUCGAUCCAUUGAUACCUCGCAAUCAGUAUCGUGAUCCUUCCGAAGGGGUGGAUUCCAGCGCCGAACCGUCCUUCGACGACAAUUCUAGGAUCCCCGAAAUUGUCGAUAGUCAUGUGCGAAUGCCGGUGCCCCAGAAACCGACACGUCUAUUUGGUGAAGUCGGGCGGCGGCCAGCACUUCAAAGUUCCGGAUUGCUGGGUGCUAAUCCACCAAGGAUAAUUCACCAACAACCACAACCAAAUUCAGGUCAAGAACUUCCUACAUCCGACAUCACUCAGUUCGACCGCAAUUUGCAGAAGAACGAAUUGCACACGCAACAGCCACCAGUUCCGAGUAACUCACAGGCUCAAUCAGUAACGGAAAGCCUUCUUGGAACAGAAUCCAUGGUUCGGGAACUGAAUAUGGCGUCUCCUCAAUCACUCCCACCCGAUUCCGGCCCCGACACCAAUGAACCUACGACACCAAAUGAAACAGGCGAAGCUACCAGCCAUUCUGGAAGCAACGGCGUGGACGACAAUACCCCAAGGCCAGCGAACUUCAGCCGCCAGAUCAGCCUGCCUCUGCCUCCGUCAUUCUUCUUCGACCCCGAUGACCCAAGCACUCACAACCUCGAAUAUGCAUCUCACAUCAGCGGGUUCGAUUAUCUCAAUGACUCGAAUGCAGCUGCCAUCGCUGCAGCUGCCACCUUUUCAUUAAAGGUCGGGGACUCGUUCCCUUCCACCCAGGGCGGCUCUCAAGAACUCGCCGACCCGUCCCAGCACCUCCACCCCGCUUCCUCCCCUGCGCCGGAAUUCAUCCGCCCUCCUCCGCGCCUAGGAAUGCUCCGCUCCUCCACCGGAUCGAUCAAGAACAUUGCCAUUCGGCUCCAAGACCGGGUCACCAGCUGGGGCCGCCUUCCCUCCAACACCAUCGUAUACGAGGAUUCCACCGAUACGCGCAUCCCCAAGACUGGCAUCAUCAUCUGGUUCGCGGCGCCCGGCAUCGACAAGAUCGACCAGAAGGGCGGGGACUGGACGAAGUUGCCCGGGCUGCACACCAUCCUCACGACGGAUUCGCAGAACGGCAUCUGGGUGAACGGAGUGUGUCUGCGGUCGAAGGAUGCGGAAGGGAAUAAGCUGUAUGGCCGGCUGUACACCGGGGACCGCAUCACCGUGUUCAAGGGGCGAGAGUCCUACCUGGAGUUUAAUUGCGAGUUCUAUCACGGAUCAGCGGCGAAGGAGCGGCCGAAGAAUGAGAGCCGGUUCCAGAUUCUCACUGCAUCGAACACGCAGCCAAAGUAGGAUUCACGGGUCGAUGGAG